GGAUGAGCAAAUUUUAGUAAUCAUACAACUUAUCAUGUCAGUGAAGACCACGCUCAUUAGUGGUGGUGCCCGUGGGAUUGGGCGCUGUCUUGUCUAUAUCUUUGAUAUUAUUGACGAAAAUGAGCUGACGCACACAACUGGGAUACAAUUUGAAGAAAUAUUUCGGCAAGGGUGUGCUCCAGUCAUCUAUCUGCAAUCUACGCGAUGUCGAAGAUAUCCGUCGCCAUGUCAAAACAGCCGCAUCUCGGUUCUUAUAAAUAAUGGUGGUAUCGCAUCGCCUAGAUGGAGUGAUAACAGAUCAAUGGAUGAUUUCGACACGAUGUCACAGUGGCAGGCCUACUUGGAGACCAACUUAACAGUACCAUUCGCCGUCUCACAGGCGUGUUUGCCCUAUAUGAAGCUAGAAGAGGGCAAAAGUGCGUCACACAUCAACGACGACAAUGCCGGUCCGUGCAUCCUCCCAUCGGGACCUUCCGGGCACAACAGAGUGACCCAAACCAAGUGGGCUUUGCUUCGACGAAGUCGGGCCUUCUGGGGCUCAUGCACAGCAUGGCAAUCAGUGUGCGGAAAUGGGGCAUCCGGGUGAAUCUCAUUGCACCCGGUCACAUCAAGGUUGCACACAAAUGCAUGUAAAUCUUCUUUUCCUCGAACUCUGCACAGCCGCGGAGUGUUGUUAUACGUUAUCUUGGAGAUUUGUUCGCCUCAAAACCCUCUUGAGAUAGGAUAUGGGCAUAAGUAUGUACAAUGGUAUAUCCGUUGGAGAUAAUUUACAGACACCGAUACCCCUUCU